AUGUACUGGUAUCGUGUGACGACAUGCGGGGUCGUGGAAUUGCUUGGAAGUGCUGUGCUUAUGGUAGAAGUGCAGAAGGCCGCGGUCUGGUUUCAACCAGGACGGGUACAUUCCGCCGUCAUAUCGGGCAUCAACAUGGACUCGAAAACUGUCACGGUGGAGUGGUUUGAAAAAGGCGAAACGAAGGGAAAAGAGGUAGUGGAUAUUGAUAUCAUAUUGAGCCUCAAUCGCCACUUGAUUUCGACCGAGUUUGCUGUACCUCAACCGAUGAAAGUCCAGAAAACCAACCACACGGUGAGAUCGAAUGGCACCCAACAAGCCCUCAACAACGGCCGUGCGAACAAGGCGAAAACUCGGUACACCAACGUUGCACCAACAUACAACAACGCCGGAAUGACCAACAACAAUAUUCACAAUGGCGGUAGCAACGGAUACAAUUCAGCGAUGACCGGAAUGGAAACACGUCAUGCCACUGCGGUGCCCGAGCAAAAAGUACCAGUGCCUGUAGCUGCUCAGCCAGCACCGUCCAAUUCCCAGUCUACUAUAAUCAAGAAUAGUUCUUUGCCAAUUUCGAAGAAGUCGCGUAUCCCUCGCGUGUUCAGCACCGUGCUGCCGAAACCCGUCGCCGUCGCGAAAGAUGACAAAUCCAAGCUUGAUCUAGUGCUCCCUUCGCCAGAAGGCCGCAAAACCAAUGUGGUCAAGGAGUCGAACGUGGUCAAGGAAGUUGAGAAUAUGAAGAAGAAGCGAGAGGAGCGCAGAGCCAAACAGGAGGAGCAGAAAUUGAUGCGGCAAGAACUCAUGAAUCUCGACCCGGGCAAUCCGAAUUGGGAAUUUUUGGCUAUGAUCAGGGAAUAUCGAGCCAAUUUGGAGUACCGUCCGCUUCGUGAUGGAGACGAUCUUGAAGAUCAUCAAAUAACCGUUUGCGUCCGAAAACGGCCGAUGAACAAGAAAGGCAAGUUCAGCCAACAGCUUCCCGGUGGCGCUUUAUCGGAUCCGGAGAAAGCACGCAAAGAAGUGGACGUAAUAACGGUGCCAUUGAAGGACACUAUCACGAUUCACGAGCCGAAGCAGAAAGUAGAUCUCACCAAGUACUUGGACAACCAAAAUUUCCGCUUCGACUACGCCUUUGACGAGGAUUCCUCCAAUGAUCUGGUUUACAAAAUGUAUGUAGUGGAUUCAAUUGAUGAUAACCUCAUUAUGGCCACGAGUAGUGUAGUGAAUAGAGAAUCGCACUGCUUUGAACAGUAUACCGCGAAACCGCUGGUGGAGACCGUGUUCGACGGCGGGAUGGCCACGUGUUUCGCCUACGGACAAACUGGGAGCGGUAAGACGCAUACCAUGGGCGGGGACUUCGUGGGCAAGAAUGUCCUGACGUGA